AUGAGCGACAUGGAAGCUAUGAUGAAGGAAUUGGGCCUGAAAGAAGAUGAUCUGGAGGAUGUUGUGGUUCAGGAUGGCGACAUACCAGAGGAAGCGGCGCGGUGGAUGGUGAUCCUGCGGGUGCACAUGGAUAAGCCAUACAGUCAGUAUUGGUUUUUUCGUAACAUGCGGGUUGCAUGGGAUCUAGCACAAGAAGUCAAGUUCCGCCCUCUAGAAGGCAACCUCUAUACUCUGCAAUUCUCCUACCUGGGUGAUUGGGAGAGAGUCAUGGAGGACGGCCCCUGGACAUACAAAGGAAAAGCUGUCGUAAUCGAGCCCUAUGAUGGUUUCACCAGACCAUCGUCUAUUGUUCUUAACAAGAUUGAGAUGUGGAUCCAGAUCCAUGAUCUCCCUGAACUGUUCUUCCACUUGAUUAAAUCGCUAGCAUCUACUGUUGGUGACUUCAUAUUUGCUGAGCCCAAAUCCCAGGACUUUGAGGGGAACUUUUUUAGGGUUCGGGUGAAAGUGGAUGUCACAAAGCCGCUCAAGAACGCUGUAUCGCUGGUGAUCAAGAAGAGGAGAGAGAUAUUCAGGGUGAAAUAUGAGAGGCUACCAGAUUGGUGUGCUGUCUGUGGGAUGCUAGGUCAUCAGUUCAAAGAGUGUGGCGAUGGGAUCCAUCCCCAAUCUGCGCUUGUGUUCAAAAAUCUGAAAGCUGACUGGUUCAGGAGCCCAGGCCGUGGACCAGGUGCUGCAAGAGGCUUUGAAGGUGGUCGAGGGAGAGACAUGGAAGAAGGAGACGGGAACCGCAAGAGAGGAGCUCAUGCAAACACACUCUUGCUUACUUCUUCAUGGACCAACCCAUCAUCUUCGAUGGAACCCCAAGCCCUCGCUACAGCCACCGUUCCACAGAGUCCCUCGUCGAAGCAAGACCUCAAAAGAACAAAGACCAACCCCCGUCAGUUGGAGAAGAACCCAGGGAAGAACAAGUCAUCAAACAUCCAAAACAAUGCGCAAAUGGCGGGCCCUAUCAACGGGUCGCGCCUGGCGCAAUGA